GCAUUAAGUUUUACCUAUUCGUCAGCGUAAAAGAAUAUUCAGAUUCGAAUUGUUCUUGCGGCAAAGUUAAUACCCCGCAGCUCUGAGCAGAGGGCGUCUCGACGGGAGAACGUCUCCCUAACCAAUCGUACUAAUAUUUAUAAUCAGUAGACGGAGUGGACGGAGUGCAUUCGGUGCACAUGCACCGGUGAGUAUGUGGGAUCGAGUGUUCAUGACAAUUUAUAAUACGCGCAUGGAUCAAACCGACCGCGAGUCAGCUAAUAACGAUACAGUACAUCGUAUGGACGAGUUCGCCAGAAACUUAUAUAACCGCGUCGGUCUCCGGCCUUCGUUCUAACCUGUCCACGUGCAAUUUUAGAAAGUCGCAGGCUUAUUAUAACGCGGUUGCGGACUGAUAAAACGCCUGCCAAUUCGUGUGCCACAUGCGUCGAUAACGUAUAGGACGGUCGACGCUGUCAACGCGCGAUAAUGAAGGAGGCGAGUAAUGAAGUAUUGAACGAGGAACAGUGGAAGCUCGAGGCGCAGGCUGUCAUCGGCGACGUGAAGAACCAUGUAAAGGAGAUAAAAGUGGCGGAAAAUCUGCGUAACAAUAAUCAGUUCGUUUAUUUGAACCUGACCACGUUGGAGGGAUCAAAGUUCUGCAUCGAGCUGUCAGCUGCCGGUUUUGCCAUCGUUGGUAACGAGCAUGACGACACAUCGCACAGAAGAACCGAGCAUUUCGAGACGCCGUACAGUUUGCUAGAUCUCGUUAGCCCGCGGUACAGAGAUUCGUUCGGGAGUUCGCUUCAACGUAAGCUGGAACAGUUAAGUGACAGUCAAUGAACGGGCUCGUUCAUAGGACCUUCUGUCAGUCUCGACGACUGUCAUUGUUUCGCUCCGGAUUUAAACGGGAAUAAAGUGGUUUCGUUCAAUCAGCGUGCCAGUAAGCGUUUGAAAUCGAAAAUAAAUCAUGAUUCUAAUUGAGUGCAUUCUCUCUUUGCGCAGUACUCUCGUUUAGCCCGAAUCUAGCCGAGGAUAUCCGAGUGCUCGACAAUUGCAAGGACAGUGCCGUAUCUGGUACAUGGUAACAAGUGUCCCGAAGGUUUUAAGUAUUUACAUAUCAAUGAAUGUCAGUUUCACGGUGAAUCAUGCAGCACGACGCAUAAUCUUGUUCCAACGUCGCGCAAAUCGAUUUCGUUUAACCUUUAAAUAAAUAUUUUUAACGCGAUAGCGACGACCUGGUCGAAACCGAAGCAGGUGUUUUAUCAAUUGACAGGUCUAUCGAUAAGAACUGAUAUGAGGCUAUCGUGAUAAACGUUAUAAUAGGAGAUUGUUUUGAUAGAUACGGUGAUGCGAGUAGGACGAGUCGCGCGUGCUUAGGAAAUAUCCCUAGAAACCGUGCGAGGAUCGGACGUGGUGCAAGUGGUGUAAUAUUUGUGUUUACCCCCACCGCAGCACGUCUCGUUGCUCUAUGUUCGUUUGCCUCGUAAGUAUUCCACUGUCUGGCCGUCGAGUCGCGAAGCAACGAAAAUAAGAAGCGGUCGCACAGAACGUCGCAUCGGCGAGCGUGUACGUAGUUGCACAUCCGCGUCUCGCGUGCGCGUUCGCUUCUGAAUGAGUCUCGGCGUCGAUCAAGUGCUUGAGCGAAGGAUUACGCGUAGUGCAUCCUGUCCGUUGAUAUCGGCAGUGGCUGGUGGUGCGACGAUGUCGAACAGUGAGCGAUGACACGCCCGUGAAAAAGGAACGAUAACAACGACCCGAUUGAUCACAGAGAGAACGCAGUAGCGCGUACGCGAAACGAACCCCCUUCUCAGUGCAUUCAGUGUGACAUUACGAUUGAACGAAGAAACAUGCUACAACCGAGAGCCGCGAGCGUCGGACGGUAAAGG